AUGGAAAUUAAUAGUCAAGAAAGAUUAACCUUCGUCGAGAACGAAGUAGUAUUAUGUUUCCACGGACCACUAAUUUAUGAGGCAAAAGAUGGAAAAAAACAAGAAAGACUAUUAAAAUUAAAUGAAGAAAGUUUACAAAAACAAAAGCAGCUCAAAGAGUUGCAUUCAACGAAAAAUAAAAAGAGGCAACCCAAAAUACCAAAAGUUGAUGGUAAGCCUUCACCGAAAGUAAAUGAGGUGCUUGUGCAAUCCGCUGAUUCUAACUCCAAAAAUCAGGAAAAAGUCGACGAUGGUGUAGAUGGUGUAGAUGGUGUAGCUGUUGUUGGUGGAGAAAUCAAAUCACUUAAAAUUAUUUUAAAUAAGCAAGAUCAAAAUCAAACAAAAAAGAGAGGUGCUGAUGCCAUGGAUUUGGAUUUGGAUGAUAGUACACAAGAAGGUGCUACAAAAGUGCUGGGGAAACAAAAAGCAGAUCAAGCUGAAGAAAAUAUUGAAAGGGUAGAGGUGAAAAGGAUAAGAAUUAAAUUAGGAGGAAGUAAUAACAAUAAAGUAGAUGUUAAGGGGAAACAAGUUGAAAAAAUCCACGACAAAGUAGAAGAGAAUCAAGAAGUUGAUACGCAGGAAAAAAAUGAAUCUGUUAAUGUUGAAUUCAAAAUUCCACAAUUUCUUCUAGAUAAACUAGUAGAAGAUUGGGAAUUUAUAACAAAAUAUAAAAGAAAUUUACUCUUGUAUAAAGAGGAGAAUAUUCAAAAUUCAGAAAUUCACAAAACACAUCCUAAUAAAGAAUGGACGGAUUUAUAUGGAGCAGAACAUUUACUAAGGUUAUUUGUUAAAUUUCCAGAAUUAUUAUCUCAAGCUCAAAUGAAUCAAAAAGAAAAAGAAAAUUUUGAAACUAAUAUUAUAGAUUUUUUAAAUUUUCUUGAAACCAAUGAAUCAAAGUAUUUUGAAAAAUUAUCUGGUCAAAAUUCCAAGUCUAUUGCAGCCAAAAAACAAAAAACAAAUAUUAAAAGGACAAGGACAACCAAAGUUCAUGAUAAUCCAUAUGGUUUCGUUUGUUCAAAUUGUAAAACUACAAAUACACCUAAUUGGCGUGCAGGUGAAACACCAGACAAAAAAUUAUGCAAUGCAAGUAUAGAAAGCACAGGCCAGAAAGUUUAUGGAAUAUCAAAAAAUAAGUUUAAUAAUAAGUAA